AGAAACGGAGACGGACAAAGCUAGUUUCCAGACCUCUAUCCCUCACUUAUGGAAAGUGGUUCAAGGCGGGAUUUUGGAGAUUUUAGCUGCUGCAUUUCACAGAAAUGUCUGGAAAGCUUAAAGUUUCUGAUGGCGACUGGGUGUGUGGAAACGGAGAGUGUGGCAAUUUGAACUUUGCAAGAAGAUCAGAAUGCAACAAGUGUGGAGCAGUGAUACACAACACACCUUCUAAUACAGAGAUGACAUCAGGCCUUCAUGAAAAUCCAAAAAGCAAUGCCUCCCAAGUUAUUAAGCAGUCUGGUUCUGAAAUAGGAAAGAAUUUUGCCUCAAAAAGUAAAGGACUGUUCAGUGCUGAGGACUGGCAGUGCAGCAAAUGUAGCAACAUCAACUGGGCUAGGCGAAUGACAUGCAACCUUUGCAAUGCGCCAAAGCUGAAAACUCAAGAAAGCAGAACAGGUAUAGGUGGAGGCUUUAUGGAGCGUGACAAUGUGGAAUACAUAGAAAGAGAAGAGUCUGAUGAUGAAUAUGAUGAGUUUGGGCGUAGAAAAAGGAAGUUUCGUGGACAAGUUCCGGCACCUCAGCAGAAGGACGUUGGAGGUGACUCUAAAGACAACGAGGUUAAGGUGAAAGAGGAAGAGGAAGAUGAUGAUGAUGAUGAUGAUGAAGAUUUCGAUGCCUCCAAAUACGACCUCAGUGCCUCUGACGAUGACGACGGAGAUUCUAAAGACACGAGCAAAUCAGACGAGCGGAAAAGACGCCAUUCAUCCUCGAGCUCAAGCAGAUCCUCUUCAUCGUCAUCCAGCUCGUCAUCAAGAUCAAGGAGCCGGUCCCGUUCAAGCUCGAGGUCGUCAAGGUCUCGCUCCCGAUCUGGAUCUAGAUCGAGGUCACCAAAACGAAGCAGACGCUGAAUGAUUGAGUGAAGACAUCACGUGGAUGGUCGUGUAAGAAUCAGGGGGCACAAGCCAUUGAAUUCCCAAGCAUCGGGAUAUUUCAAUAUUCUGCUGUAUCGUUCAGUUGAAAAGCAUCUAGGUCUUUCGGUAUUAGGUAUUAGGUACGUUUGGCCAUUGCUCCAGUCGGAAUAUAAGUAUGUCAGUGACUGGAACAACAAAAUACCUGGAAUUUUAUCCAAUGGGGGUAUUUAAAGAAGUCACGAUCAUUCAAUUAGGUUUUUGUAAAAAGCAAACUUGUUUAACGAAAGCUUGAUCGCUAGUUAACCAGCCCCCGUUUUAGACAAUUUUCGAAAACAAUAUAUCUUGUCAAAAAUUUUUCAACCGUUUUCCUUUUCGCUGUAGAAAAAUUCUUCUCUUCUCCAUCUGCAACAAAAGGCGAAAUAGUUUACCAAGAUGCGGUCUCCUUUGAGAGAUUAUAUUUUACAUUUGAGCUUACAUAUGGAAGAUCACUUAUGCAUAUCCAUUUUGCUGGCUGAGACUUUGUUUAACUGAUUGUAUACCUAUACCCUUUAAUUUUUUUUGUUGCCUAAAAUUUAUAGAUACCUAUUGAGAAUUCCUGCAAGACAUGUUUACUUCAUUUUAAAGAUUUAUUGAUUUAUUUAUUUAUUUGUUCAAACUUAAAAACGGAUACAAUUUCUGUAUACAAUCCAGUGAUUUAGAUUUUGAAGGAAAAACAAAUUUGAUUCAAUAAUUGAAUGCUGGAAUUUUGUAUAAACCAGAGUAUUUCUAGAGAAAGAAAUUUUCUUUUAAGUUAGGUAUUAUUCGUGUCAUCAGCCAGAUAUUUGCUAUAUUUUUAUUUUAUCAUAAGUGAGCUGCCUUAAAAAGUUUAGUCAAAAGGUCUCUCUAGUAAGAUGUUUCUAGAACUAAGUUUAACAAGAUUUCAAAAACUGUCUCUUCGGCAUUGCAUUAUAUGUUUUAGUGCUUUUUAGCUCUUUCUUUUAUUUCAUCUAGAUUUUUGAUUUUAAUUGAUUUUUUAUUUUUUAUUCGAGGAUGCAAAUUUCACUCAUGAUAGCAAUUGCCCCUAAUUAAUACUGUUCAAUUUAACUUCUAGACCGAGAUGGAUUCUUCCGUAAUCUGUGUUCCUCCAUGUCGACACAAGAAGAAGAAAAACUAUAUUUAGAUGCUAUAUUGUCUUGCAAAAAACUGUUUACAAAAAAUACUGUUAAAGCUAUAUUGACACAUUAUUUCAGUGUUCCACAGUGUUUCUUUUAACACAA